UGUCUCGUGAAGAAAUCAAUUGUUGUUUUAAACAAAUCUUAUCAGGUAUUAAUUAUCUUCAUUCGAUGGGUCUUGCUCAUCGUGAUUUAAAAUUAGAUAAUUGUGUUAUUGACGCUCGUGGGAUUGUUAAAGUCAUUGAUUUCGGUUCGGCUGUUGUAUUCUCUUAUCCUUUUACUAAAACUUUAAUUGAAUCACAGGGUAUUGUUGGUUCUGAUCCUUAUUUGGCACCUGAAGUUUGUGUUUUCAAUAAAUACGAUCCUCGUCCUGUUGAUGUUUGGUCGGCUGCAAUCAUUUAUUGCUGCAUGAUGUUGAAAAAAUUUCCUUGGAAAGUUCCAAAAUUAUCUGAUAACAGUUUUAAAUUAUUUGCAAGUAGAGGUGAACUUAUUCCUAUUAGUGAAUUGUUAAAACGUACCCCUCAAUCAAUUCAAGAAGACGGUGGUCUUAAUAAUAUGAAUGACUUGAAUGAGGCUAUUGAUUUGCCUCCUAAUCCACCUUCAUUCUCCGAAUCCGUAGGUCAACCUUCUAAUGACGUUCAAGGAAGAUCUCAUACAUCUACUGAAACUGGUGCUGGAAGACUAUUAUUGGCCUUACCUGAAGAUUGUCGCUCACUCAUUGGUAAAAUGGUUGAGUUAGCUCCAGCUUGUCGUAUCACAGUUGAAGAAUGUUUUAACGAUGAAUGGUUGAAAUCAGUUAAUAUGUGUUCAGUUGAAGAGAGAAUUACCUCAGAUGGACUCAUUGACUAUCAAGUCUUCAAAGGAGACGACCACGAACAUACCACUGUUGAUCAAUCAAAGGCACAUAUUGCAGCUUUCGAAAAAAACAAAAAGAAGUAAGCUUUAUCUUGCAAACCAUUAAGCUUUCAUUUUUAAAUUAUCCUUAAAAAAAAAAAAAAAAAAAAAA